UAUGGAGAUUGGGUUAGUUGGACUCCCAACAACCACCCCUACACCACCAUUACCAACAACAACAACAACACCCAUAUCUUCAACACUAACACCAAAUAAAAUAACAACAGCAAUUGCUUUUAGCCGUCUCCAUAUCUGUGGAAAGUUGGUUUGUGAGAAUGGAGCAACAUGUAAGAAGUUUUUGGGAGAAUCGAUGUGUGACUGUCUUCCGGGAUAUUCAGGCAACCGUUGUCAAUAUGAUUCCCUUAGUUGUAGAGUGCUGGGAUGUGAGAAUGGAGGGAUAUGUAACACUAAUUUUUGGGGAGAAUUUUCAUGUGUCUGCCAUCCAGGAUAUGCAGGCGACCGAUGUCAAAUUUAUGAUUUUCCAGAUCCAUUCAUAGCCCCAACAACUCCAUUCAUCCCUGACUUGCCUGAUUGGCCAGACACAUACAAUGGCUAUCACCGUAUUCAUGAUGAUGACCCCAAUGUACAGUUUGACAAUGAAAGCUCUACUGGAAAACACAAUGUUCUUGCCACAAUUGUUGGAGUUGUGUUUUUUGUCAUCUUUCUUCUCUUAAUUGUACUGAGAGUGUACAUUCGAAGAAAGAGAAUCAUGGCUGUCCAGCGAAAUGCUCAGCGAGUUAGGGGUUGGUUGGUCACUGAGUUCUUCCGUGCUCUCAUUGUACGUCAAACCACAACACCUGAAGACAAUGAUAUUCUCGUAGCAAAUGCAGAGGGUGGGGUAGAAGGUCCUACCCCUGUGAAUGUAAAUCGCACCCCAACUGGAACGAUGCCAGCUCCACCAGCAUAUG